CCAAUCCGCGGCCGGAACCCCGCCAAGCGCAUGCGCGUUGAGCAGCGCCCCCCCCGGGCCGCUCUGACCCCCGGCGGUGCCCGUAGAGCGGCGCCGUGACGUCACCAGUGCGCGCCGCGGGCUCUGGCCGGGAUGCAGCGGGCGGCGCUGAGCGCGAUCUGCGGGGCGGCGCGGGUGCCCCCGUCCCGGUUCUUCCGCGUUUCCCCCCCGGUGGUGGUGGCGGCGGCGGACAAGGAGGCGCUGCUGGAGCUGCGGCGGCGAACGGGGCUGCCGUUCGUGCAGUGCCGGGAGGCGCUGCGCCGCUGCGGGGGGGAGCUGGGGCAGGCAGAGGCCUGGCUGCAGGAGCAGGCGCAGCGGCAGGGCUGGAGCAAAGCCACCCAAGUGCGGGGCCGUCGGACGCGGGAGGGGCUGGUGGGGCUGCUGCGGGAGGGGCCGGCGGCCGUCAUGGUGGAGGUGAACUGCGAGACGGAUUUCGUAGCCAGAAACGCCGAAUUCCAGCGGCUGGUGGAGCAGGCGGCGCUGGGCACCAUGGCGCAUUGCCGGGCCGCCGCCGCGCCGGCCGCCUCCUGCACCAAGCACCUGCUGCAGGCGGAUGAACUGGCCCAGCUCCGGACGGGGCCCGAGGGGGCUCUGCUCAGCGACCGCCUGGCGCUGGCCAUAGGGAAAUUAGGUGAAAACGUGACCCUGCGCCGCGCCGCCUGGCUGAGGGUGCCGGAGGAAGACGGCUACAUCUCCGCCUACGCCCACGGGUGGCUGCCGGCGACGGCGCCCGUGGCCAUGGGGACGUACGGGGCGCUGGUGGCUUUUCAGGUGACCGAGCCGAAUCCCACGGCUGCGACGUUGGAGGAGGUGGGACGGAAAGUGGCUCAGCACGUGGUGGGGAUGGCGCCCACCGCCGUGGGGACCCCCCAGGAUCAGCCCCGGGGGGAGGACGAGACGCGGCUGCUGGCGCAGAGUUUCCUGCUGGACCCGGAGCUCACCCUGGGGCAGUUCCUGGGGGCGCGGGGGGCGAUGGCCGUGCGGGAUUUCCUCCGCUUCCGCUGCGGAGAGGAGAUUCACGCCGGGCCGACGGAGCCAGGAUAGAGCUGGGAGCGAGGGGAAAGGGGGGGGGGGGGGCGGGGUUCAGCCCCACGCUUGGGUCAGGAUCGGGCCCACGGCCCGGGUCAGGAUCGGGGCGUCGUGGAAGCCCCAGCAGCAGGAUUUUGGGGGGGGUUGGGGGGGCAGUGUGAGCCCCCCCCAGCAUCUCGGGGAGGGGGGCGAGGCAGAAUAAAGCCGUGGAGGAACC